AUGGCCUACAUUCUGAAUCCAACAGGUCUCUAUCAGGAGGGGGCUAUUUAUCUCAAAGACAGCCAGAAACCAGGCGCAAGCACGCGCCCUGACCCCGGGGCACCCGCUGCCCCUGGCACGAUCCCGGUUUCCGGACACAGCCCUGCCUCAGCAAUACCAGCCCCGUAUCUCCGCAGGGUUCGGAAGGUCACCCAAAGGCAGCUUGCUCCCCGCUCCCCCAGGCCUCGGGGCUGGGCCGGCCGCAUUCCUACGGCUUGCCCUGCGGAGCGAUUCAAAACUCGCCAGGGGGGAGACUCCCCUCCCUUGGAGGGGAACGGAAAAAAAACCCCACGCAGAGGGCAAAGGCCGGAGGGCAAAGGCCGGAGGUCACGCCCGGUGGCGGUAGGAGCUUAUCGGGAGAAGGCUCCCAGACCUCACCGCGCCGUCUCUCACCUUGGGCCCUUGGUGAAAGCGGCAAAGCCCCGAAGCGGAGCGGCGGGGAAGACCAAGGCCGCGAGGGCCGGAGAAAUGCGCCCCUUUCUCUGCAAGCGUAGCCGGCUGAGCGGUUACCGCCUGUCACGCCGCACAGCCGUGCCGCGCUCACGAAGCUUCUGGGGGCCAACUCGCCGUCUGCCCGCCCGGAGCGCAUCGCGCGGGGAGCGCCCCCCCCGGCGCGGCGGAACUCCCUGCCGCGAGUCCGUUUCUGAGGGCGCCGGGAAGUGCUUCCCCGGCGCCUCUGUCACCCCCUCACGCGGUUCCUGGCCGACGAAAGGCCUGGAGAGACUUACACGAACUGAUGAAAUUGAAGAUUUCUUGUUAAACCUCAAGGUCACGGGUGUUACAGAGGCAGUGUCUGGAUUCAAACUCAGGUUGGCCUCCCGUGCACAGAGAUACAAUUUCUUUGCAGAAAGUGCACAUUCCUCGCCCAACACUGGACGGACACAAAUGCCCCACGGAGUAAUUCGGUCCUUGUGCGAUGCUGCGCGCAACUUCGGCUUCUCAAUUUCCCACCCUUCGUCCUCCUCCUCCUUUUCCCACCUGGCCGCCUCCUCAGUAGUUGCGGCGGAGAGAAACCUCCCAGGAAACAUCUUCUGUACGCACGCGUCACGUUUGUUUACCCUGAAGCCCCACCUCUCUCCACGGUUUCUCUCGGGCCCUCCCUGUGCCCCGCCCCAUAUCGCCGUGGAAUGCCGUCAUGUCAAAGAUGCAUAUUCAUGA